AUGGGGAUUAAGAAUUGUUCCAAGGAGUGUGCGGUACCAAAGACCAGCCCGGCGGAGGAGUCCCUCAAAUCCGCCCCCCGCAAUGUGCACUUCCCCAACGACGUGGUGUUCCAGGACUGUGUGAGGCACGGGGAGCUGGAGAGAAUCGGCCCCUUCAUCCGAGGCAGGAGGGUCAGCCUGGACACCAUCUACCACUCUGGCAUGGCCGCCAUCCAUGAGGCGGUGCUGUCCGGUAACCUGGACUGUGUGAUGCUCCUGAUGAAGCACGGGGCAGACCUUCAUCACAGGGACGAGGAGGGUUGGACCCCGCUCCACAUGGCCUGCAGCGACGGCUUCCCUGAAAUCGCCCGGUAUCUCCUCUCGCUGGGUGCUGACCGGGAGAUUCUGAACGAAAGUGGAGAGAAACCGGCGGACCUUAUCGACGCAGCAAACAAGGAGUUGCUGGAGCUGUUUGGGUUGGUAGCGGGGGACUAAACCCCUGCUUUCAUAUGUACACCCAAGUCCUCGAAUCAAGAGAAGACUGCUUCUAUGUUCUGUUGACAGCCCUGCUUCAAUAGACAGAGGUGGUGGGGCCCGGAGUGCCUUCAUGCCUGCUGCUUCAGGCCUUCAGCCCUGAUGGGCGCAGAUUCAGCGAUGUCAUCGUAUGAAAAUAAGACCAGCAUGACUUGGAACCUUGUUAAGUGGUGGGAACUUUUGCUGGUACAAACAUCAACCAUUACCAGGUCCAUCUAGUUCCGUCUAUUUGACCGAUUUUUAACGUUUGAAACAGGAGAAGCCCCUUUUAGCUGGACUGCGUGUAAUGACACGACACCUUUUGAAUACUAAGGCUAGCAGAGGAAUGGAAUGCAAGGUCCUAUUACAGCAAAGCAUGUUCCUGGUUUCGAUGUAAUGAAUAAGUAUCCUAAUCCUCAAAAUCUGCAGAGUGCUCUUGGUAAAGGGCGAUGUAUAGCUGUUCUUAUUCACAAAGCUUUGUUUAGUGAAUUUUUUUAAAACUUUUUUUAAUAAAGUUGCCUGAAAACAAGUGAA